CUUGGUUAGACCUGCAUGAGAUAAGACAUGCAGUUCAAAUAAAAGCAUGUUGAAGAACAAGUUAAGUAGCUUACACCAAGGAGCUGCUGAUAGAUCUAGCACAAUUGUUUGCUUUCUGGAGAAACAGACUUCAAUAAUUAUACCUGAUUCAAGAGUCAAAGUUCAUUUUUUCAGGAGUUAACUAGUUACUAUAGUUGCUAGAAUGGAAGCGGUGUGUGGGAUUCUUUUCUUCUUGAUAGCAGUUGGAGUUUAUGUCGCUUGUUCUCUAUACCUGCUACGCAAUCCUCUCAUUAUUCAUAAAAGGAAACGACUGGAAUUCUACUGCAGACACAUUUCACACAGAGGAGGGUCUGGUGAGAAGAUAGAGAGCACGAUAGAAGCUUGUACACAUGCUGUUGAUGUGGGGACUGAGAUGUUGGAGAUGGACUGUCACCUUACUCUGGAUGGAUAUGUUGUGAUUUCACAUGAUGAAAACCUUUUAAGACAAUCCGGAUAUGAUCAAACAAUAUCAUCACUUAGAUUCCAGGAUUUGCCUCUUUAUGAAGAGAAACUUGAGGUCACAUUUUAUGCUGGACACUACAGUUCAGGAAAGGACAGAAGGUUUGCAUUACUUGAGGAUGUCUUCCAAAAAUUCCCCAACAUGCCCAUCGUUAUUGAGAUUAAAGAAAACAAUGACUUGCUCAUUAAAAAGGUCUCGUGUCUUGUAAAGAAGUAUGGCAGAGAUGGUAUAACAGUCUGGGCUUCUGAAAAAUCGGACAUAAUGGUGAAAUGCCAGAAAGAGAACCCACACAUGCCCUACAUGUUUACUAUGAGGCGUGGACUACUACUUUUAUUGCUCUUUUACACUGGGCUUCUUCCCUUUGUGCCUCUGGGUGAAAGUCUACUUAUGUUCUACCUGCCCAGGAUUAUCAAUAGGACUUAUAUUCCGGAGGAAGCCAUUCUGAAGAAUAGAUUCAUAGUGUAUUUACUCGAGAAGUUGACUAUGCGAAAAUCCUUGUUUGAACAUUUGAUCAAGAGGGGUUUACAGGUGCAGCUGUUCGUGUGCAAUGAGGAGAGUGACAUGGCAGCUGCGUUUUCUAUUGGAGCCACAGGUGUUAUGACUGACUACCCCACCGUGCUAUCAAACUACAUUGCAAAACACCCUCCCCCUCCACCUCCCACUGUUUAUUAG